AUGUACUUCAACACUCCCUCUAACACCUAUUACCAACAAUCUGCCUACUACGCUCCCUAAUAAGUGCUCUCAUCAUUCUAGGAUGUACCUUAAGCUUUCCCUACUGUUGAAAGAAACUUCUAUUCAAUUGAAGACAACAACCACUCUCUUUAGUAGUUGCAGUAAGAUGGUGAAGACCUUUUCUUUAAUCAACAAGAGCUCCCUAAUCACAUUGAAGACAGCUAUUUCGGUAGUCACAUUUCAUAUGACCACAUUCACGACUAAGAUGAUGAAGAUUUCCAUGGCUUUUUCCCUAUUGAAUUAAAUAAUUAAACUUCUUAACAAUUAAUUUGGAAUCCUCCUGCUUAAUAAUAGCAAACUUCCCAAAACUAUUAAAAUGUUUACAAUAACAACAACAGUUAAAAGGUGAAUUCAUCAUCUUCAGUAGUUCCAAACGUUCCCUCCAUUUAAUUAGCAGUUUCUGCUUCUUAAAAUUAUUAAUUUAAUAAUAUUUAAUUACAAAAUAACAUUUAUUCAUAAUAGUAGUAGUAGUAAUAAAAAUAAUAUUAAAAUUAUUAGUAACAAUAAUAGCAAUCACAAUAAAUCGGUAAUGCUGGAGUCGCUUCUACUGUUCAAGUCUUUACAAACAGUUAUAGCGGCAACAGCAAUUAAGUUAGUUAAUAAUUUUAACAUUCUUCUUCUUCAUCUUCUACAUUUUCAUCUUAAUCUUGUUCCACACUUUUUUCACAACAAAAAUCGGUAUAAUAUGUUGCACCUUCCCCGGUUAACUAUUACAAAUUAUAUGAAAAUAAUAAUCUUGUAAAUCAACAAAACCAGGUAAAAGGUAAUAACGGUAAUUCCAGGUAAAAUGUUCAAUAAACCUCUUCUUAUAUGACUUAUUAAUAAGGGUAAUCAAAGUCUAUGUUUUAGGCUAACAAGUAUCAAACACAGUAGUAAACUUUAUAUGAAAAUUAAAAUUACUGUUAAUAACAAUAAAUCCCUUUGUUCAAUUAACAACUUUCUUCUGAAGAAUGCUCAUACGGUGAUUAACAUGCCAGUAGCAUUCUUAAUUUUACUGAAAAUGGCUGUGAUGAAACAACAUCUGAUAUGCAUUUCAAUGAUGAUCAUCACACCCUUCCCAUUUAUGGAUAUGCUAACUAACAAUGCAAUAAUGUUGAUAAUUUAGACUUUUUCGGACAUCCAAAGGAAGAAGAAUAAGAAUAGGUCAUCUAAAACUAUUAAGCUGAAAUAAAAUAAGAAUAACCAAUUCAACAAUUUUAGCAAGUUAACUAAGAUAACAAACUUUAACAAAUGAGUAGCAAUAUUCCCUCUAUUUCUUCAUCUCAUACUUUACCUAUCUCUCCCUGUGAGGAAUUAAAGCAUUGUUCUGAAGAUGAAGAGCAUGACUUUUCUCAUCAUAGUGAUUAACAUGAUGAUGAAGACGAAGCUGAAUUAUCUACUAAUAAUAAGGUUUCUACUAUGAAUAUAUUACCUGAAAAUCCUGAAUUCUACUCAUAAUAAAGAAAAGAACAAGUUACCGAAGCUAUGUAAAAAUCAAAUAAGAAGAAUGUUGUCAGAAAUUUAAUGAGAGCUUUUAAAUAAUACUUCUUAAACCGUAAAACAAGUGAUUAGAUUGUAAAGCUCUUCUUCCCUAAUCAGAAUGCUAAAGAUGUCUAAUAAAAAUUUAAGAGAUACUUCAGCUAACGUAAAUUCAAUCACAACUCCAUCAAGCAACUCGUUCAACACGACAAGUACGGUGUUGUAUUCCAUCAAUUCCUCAAGGAACACUCUUAAUCUUAUCUCUAAAAAUCUAGUGUAAAGAUGUAAGAACUCCACUAAGUCUUUAUCGAUUUCCUCCUCCUCUGCUUUAAGGAUAUUGAUCUCCUUGAUAAUUUGGAAACCUACUCCAAGAUAAAGAACCCCUUUUAAUGA